CCAACGGGUCUGGGACUAUGAGCCCCACGCGGGAGAGUAGCGGAGCUGCCGGGCCGCUGGCACCCUGGCGGCAAUCAGGCUCAGUCCUGGUCAGAGAGAUUCUGCCCUGAGAUUGCUGGGGACAAUGGCUCCGGACUCUAUGCGGCUCCAUCCACUGACCCCCUUCCUGUCCCCAGUGGGACCCAGCUCCCUUCCGAGCUGUGGACACAUUCGUCAGCCUGACCAGUCCUGCUGUCCAGCCCCAAGAACCCAAGGCAGUUCAGCAGCCAGGGCACUGGGCUCAUGCUCUGCCCCAGCUGGGUUGGGCCCCUGGCUGAUCUUCCCACCAGCCUAUUUCCUGUCCAUGGCAGGACGCCCUGCAUGAGCAAAAGCUGAAAGUCAGAAUGAAUGAAUGAUGAACAAAUGAAGGUGGGGAAGGAAAGGCUGGGGAACAUGAGUCUAUUGGGUCACGUCUGAAUCUCCCGGGGCAGAGGGAACAGUUGUCAUGGUUAUAGGAAUGUCUCCAAGGCAAUCUGAGGUGGUCCCAAGUGAUAGAAGGGCUGGGGGAAGGUGAAGCUUCUGGCUUGGGGAUUACGCAGGGGGGCAUCAGCCUCUGGAGGGAGCCCAGUGCUGGUUCGUUGAGCAAGUCCUCCCCCAGCUUCUCAGAACUAUCCCUGGCUUCCUCUUUCCCCUCCCCAGUCAGCUUGGGGCCCCGUGAGGUCCACAUUCUCAGGAGUGAAGUACUGCUGGCCUAUAGACACACUCAUAAGGCAGCAAAUUCCCCCAAUACUCACCAAUCGCCACCGUCAGGCUGGGGAGGGGUGGUGGGAGCCUUCCUCAGGGUUGGCUGGGGGUGUUUUACAGAGUGGGAGACCAUGGCUGGUCCUGCGGUCACUCUGUGGUCCCCAGUUUUGCUGAGGCUAGCUGGAUGGCAGGUCUGCCUCGCACAGCUUCUUCAGGUUGGACCAGGACGUGGACCUAGGUUCCACUUAGGGACCUGGGGUGGAGUCCCCCAGGAGGCUCCUGGUAACAAACAAGCCCCUCCCUUUCUGAGUGCUGGUAUCCAUGGCAACAUUAUAGAGCGUUCUGUUCCCAGGCCUGCUUGGAUUUCAGGCUUCAGGUGAGUGUUGGAGGUAGGGUCUUGGUCUGGGGCAACGCAGGCAUCAACAGCAAAGGACCAGCACUUCUGGGGACCCUAGCUCUAGGCUGUAGGGCAGGACCACAGGUCCUGGAGGGCAAGGGUGAUGGAGGAGACACCAGGGAAUGUGUGACACCACGUGAUCUGGUGUCCUGUAGGGAAGACAACACACACACACACACUGGCCUCCUUAGACAGUGAUGCUCUGUGAACCAGUGGGGCUGUGAGACACACAUAUGUGCACGUGUCCAAGUAAGGAGAGCCCACAGGGUGCCCUGCCACCCCUCUCAGCCCACCGAGAAUAUCAAGAAUGUUCCCUGAGCCUCGCCAGGAGGCUCUGUCACCCCAAGAGCCAGUCAGUGGCCACCUGGGGCCUCCAGCUGGCACACCUGAAGACCUGGUGGCUCCUGAGUGCCCACAAGACACCAAGCCCAGCUCCACACGGGUAGUCUUCUCUGACAACCGAUGGUCAGUCCCUGAGUCCCUGGACCCCUGCACCCUGCGGCUGCUGUGGGGGCAGCGGGAACUGGAGAUCCAGGCCCUGAGGUGGGCCAUUCAGAACCGUCAGGAUGCCCGGCACUGCCACAUCUUGCAAGAGGUGGCCGGGCUUCCACCUGAGAGGAGCUCACACAGUCAGGAAAAGGUCCUGCAGCACCAGGUCCAGAAGCUGACUCUGGAAUUGAAAGAGCAGAAGGAAAAGGCCCAGUUGGAAAAGGCACAGCUGGAGGAACGGCUGCUACAGACCCUGAACACACGGCAGCAGCUGGAGGCCGAGCUGCAGGCCUUCCAGAAAUCCUGCCUCCUGCAGCUGGCUCGCUCCUCCUGGGUGGGCCGCAUGCUUCGGUCUUCGACUGGCAGUGUGGAGGUAGUGACCGCAGAAACCCUGAUGGACUCCAGUGAUGUCUCUGAGAACGAUCAGGGCUCCACUGCUGGGGAGGGUUUCCGGCUGGAGGAUGUAGACUGGAACAGCAUCGCCCAUCGAUAUCCCAACCUCUUCACCAAGAUCAAGUCCUAUGCAGACCAAGAGCACCCCCUGCCCCCAAAGGCCCCAAUGCCUGGCGAGUGGGGCUCUGAGUUGCACAGACGGCGCAUGAAGCAGAGUCUCAAGAGCAUUGAGUGGAGCUCCCUGCCCUUGGGCACCAGCAGCUCUGGGGGCUCCAACUCCAAUUCCAGCAGCUGCCAGCUCACCAAUCCUUAUACGGUGCAGAGGGUGACAGGGCACCCACCCUCCCCGCCAAGCUUAACUUCCUCUGAGAAGACGGAGGUGCCAGCAGGGAGCCUCAGCAAGGAUGCCCAGGCAGAGCCUGAAGGGCUCUGCAGGGCGGGUCCGGUCUUGCAGAUGUCCCAGUGGACGCUCCAUAUGGGGGCCCCCUCCUGGACAGGCCUCCUCUCCCUGGAUCCCCGUAAAACCCACUCGCACUGGGGAGGAAAGACAGUUCAGGCACCCAAGGCCUGUGCAGAUCCCGAACACUGGCAUCCCGGGCACUGUUGGAGCCCGACCGGCUCCUGCCUGAAGAUCGUGGCCGUGAGCCGCCGCGGCAGGUUCGUCCGCAUCCUCAACCAGUCGCCGGAGGAGACUGCCGAGCUGAGCGGCCUCGUGCUGCAGCAGCUCGUGCGCGGCUUCCCGGAGCGCACGUACCGCUUCCCGCCCGGCACGCGGCUGGGGCCGCGGCAGCUCGUCACGGUGUGGGGCGAGGGGCGCUGCGGCUCCCAGGGGGCGCCGCCCUCGUCCUUGGGCCGAGAGCCCGUCCGCUUCCACUCCAGCCCGGGCUGCGUGACUCUCCUCCUGAACCCCAAGGGCGAGACCCUCAGCGAGCACCAGGCCCCGCACACCGUGGCCCCCGCCUCGAGGCUCUUCUCUGACGACACCGACUCGUCCACCGACUGCUUCCCGCUCUCGGAGGCCCAGUCCCAGGCCGACAGCAGCGAACAGCCGCACCGCCCUCGACCUCCGCGCGCCGGUCGGCUGAGGGAGGCCCGGGCCGGACGCCGGAGGCUGGGGACGAGGGGCCUCUUGCCCUGCCUGACCACCGGCGAGCACCUCCUCCCGCGGGAGGGGCCGGCGCGGUCCGAAGGUGCCGACACCGGCCCUCCGGAGCGGCUGCCCACCGUCCUGGGUGCGAGGAUGCCGGCUCGCGGAGGGAGGGGCGGGCCGGCAGGGAGCGGGCAGCUGGGCCGGCCCGCCCCUACCCCACCGCGGUCCCACGCAGAGGCCGCGCUGGGCCUCCGGGACGGGCAGGCUGGGAACCAGCCCAGAGUGAGGGUGUGCCGGAGGAGCGUGGACAGGUGCUGCCCCAUGGUGGCGCUGUCGGUGCAGAGCACGGCUGAGAGCAGAUUUGGCUUCCGCUUCCUCAGCUGCCCGCCCAUCACGGCGGACGCGCGUUGGCAGGUGUAAGGAGCGCGCAGGCCCUGAAGGGUCGAGGGGAGAA